CAGCAGCUCGGCGCGCGUACACUGCUCCAAAGGGUGGAAGUGGGUUGUCGCACUAGAAGUAUCAUCAAUGAAUCAAUGCCUGGAUGGAGGUGUGUGUGGCUAGCACGUGAUAUCUCUGAGGAUGGAUAGGAUGCCGGUCUGCGCCCUGAUACGCCAAACCCUCAAGCCAGCGAUGUCAAACUCAUUUGAUCAUGCGGUCCUUAAACUAGUGUUUUUUUUUUUUAAUUCUUCCUAGAUUUACGAAAAUUGGUUCGUACGCUGUUAUUGAAAUUAUAGUUAGAUUACGGUUCCAUUUUCACAACAAGGUUUUUUUUAAUUACAAGAUUCUUAUCGCUCUAGCGAACAGACUAGGGCAAGGUCUGUGUACGAAUGAGGUCCUACAAUGAAGAAUUCUUCGUUAGACAAGUUCGUUUGACAGGUAGUUUGACAUUAGAAAGCUCUUUUAAAUUUGAAAUUUUGAAUGUGAUUACAAUAAUGAGCCAAUCUAGUCAUCGCAAGAAGAUUAUUAUUCAUGAACUUUACAAAAUCACAGACCUUGGGCAAGGGUCUACAUUACUGGAUUUGUCUAGAACUUAUUCAAUUACUUAUAUAUUACCUGAAAGUCCUAUGCCAUCAUUAUUUUUAGGUUUUUGCUAAAUUUAUAGACGAAAACUUGCGAUAGGAUUUUUCUCCUGAAUUGUACACUCGUAAUCUCCAUAUGGUACGGGUAAACAUUUAUUGGGUGUUUCUGGAUCAUCGAAGUCACACAGAACGACCAGAGGGUCUGACCUGAAUGUCCAAUAGUUUGGAUUGAGUGAAGAGUAUCCCUGGAACAUCUUUGGAAAGUUUAAGUCCCCCUGAAAUUAUUUCUGUUAGUACUAUUUCCCAACAUUCCCCAUGCAUUCUUCAGGGCCAUAGAUUGUUUUGGCACGUGAUCAUAUUCCCAACUCCGUGCAAUCGGAGAGCUCCGUACACUAAAUGAAAGAUUGAGCAAAUUGAUUGUCUAAUUAUCUCAUAAAACCCAAGAACAUCAAUUGCCCGUUUACGACUGGUAACAGAGACGUGCUGCCAAUAAAAUGCUGAUGGGAUUUGAAAUUGCCUGAAAGAUCAGCAGAUGCUGUAAAAGGUUGGAAGGAAAUACGGGUACAUGCAAUUUUUAGAAAGGCUUAUUCGGCACGCAUCAUACCCGUGUAACAAACCCUUUGGUAUAAGUUUAAUUUUAUUGCUCGUCUUUUUAUUACAACGGCGCGCAAUUGAGUUGCCGAAUUAUUAACACUUACAUAAAAACACAUUAAUAGGUAUUGAAAGUCACGUCACUAAUGUAUGUAUGCAUGUAAGGAAAAGAAGUGUGUGCGUUGUCAUUCAAUCAUCUUCUUCCCUUCUCUCCCCCACUAGAGAGCGGGUUCGAACUCAUGACCUCUCUCCGCGCUACGUAAUACCUCCGAGCGCUAUGGCACGGCACCAUUGCGGCGACAGUGAAACCGACACGCUAUUUUACUAUUUAAUCGCUCGCCCCAUGUCCGGUGUCUCUGGCGGAUGCUAUUACCAGCUCUCCAUUGUACCGUUUAUUGUAGCGUGUGCUAGUCUUCGCCGUGCAAGCUGUGACGCAUCUGAACGUGUCAAGGAGUUACUCAUCCAAACAAACAAACAAACGAAAAAAUGCAACAAUAAUGAUAAAGUUCAAACCCUUCGUAGAAAAAAACGUACGUACGUACAUAUACUGGCGUUAAUGACUAAAAAUAAUUAAUUGGUAUUUGACAUCCAUCCGGGCGGCGGCCAUCCGCCAUGCACUUGGGUUUCGCUUUGGCUCUGAAGGUACACGCUGCAGGGUGUGUUAUUAUUAGAUUGCAGCGUAAAAAUAAAAAUUCAAUAAACAGAACUGCUAACCAGCGAAUGCAAUCCGUGCACAAUCCGAGAUUUUGGUGAUUAACGCUGACAAAUGUCGAUAGUUUUACGAGCCAUCCAACGGCCAACAUUCCAUUCGCGGCCAAUUGAAGCAGUAAUCGCGUAAUGCGCUUCCGCCGGAUUAGCACCUCUCCUAUACCUUUUCUCGUCCGCCCGUGCCAAGCCGUGUGCGUUUAUUUUGGCCAUGGGCAAGGUGGGCAUGUUUCCAUGCGCCCGUUUGUCGGACUUUUUUUUUUCUUUUUUUUUGCUGAUGUACCCUUUCUGGUGCAGUUUUGAUUCCAAAGCAUCUUACCAAUGCCGACCGGGUGCGGGCGAUGAAAUUGUGGAAAAUUCUCGCAGGUCACCGCAUUUCUUUUGGCCCCACUCCAAACACCUUCGGCCACGAUUGAAUGGUCAGCCAGGCUGUAAAACAUGCUUCACGACACUCGAAAACAUCCCCAAACCGCCCCGCCUCGAGUCCAUUCGUCAUCUGAAGCACGGUGAGAUUGACAUUCCAUAAAUUGCUCCUUCGCCUCAAUUGCUUUCUUUGCCCCCCCCCCCCUGGUAAGGUGUAAGCAGCACUCAUCGGGCGGCAACGCCUGGGACCGUUGACGAGCAUAAUGAGAUCCCUCCGGUAUGGAAAUUGAAAUUAUAUAUGUGUGUGUGUGUGUGCCGCCAAUUUAAAGUUUCGCUGAAAACUGUCCCCGGACGGCUCCUCCGAGCUUCUAAUCGUCCGAAUUCUAUGAACUCCCAGGGCCCCUUUUUUGUUUGCUUGCUUUCUUUAGCUCCUUUUGGGCAGUGGCCAUUCCCACGCGCAAGAAAACGGAACGUUGCCAUUCACCCGGGCAGCUCACCUCCCCCCACCACGCAUUGAAGGGUUAGCACAUGUGUUUGUUGUUUAAAGGGAGGGGGAUGGGGGAGUGGGGGAGGACCAUUGCGGCUACGACGGCCGAUGAGAAGCGCGCUCCCGACCAUUCGGGUUGGGUUUGUGCUUCGAUACAGGUCGCGCUGGGUGUAGUUCCUGCUACUAGUCCAGCCUCCAGACAUCUGCUCUAGUGUCCUGUGUGUGCGUGUGUGUGUGUGUGUGUGUGUAGUAAUGAUGCUCUGUAGCGGUAGUUCCUCCUCCAGCCUGUCGUCCUCCAGCACGGAGGAUGAUCUGUGCGACCACUCCACGCUAACCGAUAGUGGUUGCUGCAGCGUCUGCCACCGCGCAAAAAUCUUCGUCAACCGGUCGAUGCACCUGGAGAACAUCAAGUUCUACGGCUUCGACAUGGACUACACGAUCGCGGAGUACAAGUCGCCCCAGUACGAGCAGCUCGGGUUCGAUCUGGUGAAGGAGCGGCUGGUCAGCCUCGGCUACCCGGCCGAGAUCCGGCAGUUCGAGUACGACCCGUCCUUCCCGGUGCGCGGCCUCUGGUUCGACUCGCUGUACGGCAACCUGCUGAAGGUGGACGCGUACGGCAACAUCCUCGUGUGCGUGCACGGUUUCGAGUUCCUCAAGCACCACCAGGUGUACGAGCUGUACCCGAACAAGUUCCUGCAGCUGGACGAGAGCCGCGUGUACGUGCUGAACACGCUGUUCAAUCUGCCCGAGACGUACCUGUUCGCGUGCCUGGUCGACUUCUUCACCCACUCGCCCCAGUACGCGGAGCAGGUCGACCGUACCGGCGUCAAGUACGGCGAGCUGUUCAUGUCGUUCAAGUCGAUCUUCCAGGACGUGCGCGGUGCCGUCGACUGGGUGCACAUCUACGGUGAUCUCAAGAAGAAAACGCUCGAGAACCUGGACGAGUACGUGAAGAAGGACGAGCGGCUGCCGAUGGUGCUGUCCCGCAUCCGCGAGUCCGGCGCGAAGCUCUUCCUGCUGACGAACAGCGACUACAUGUUCACCGACCGCAUCAUGACGUUCCUGUUCGACUUCCCGCACGGCGGCAAGCCGGACGAGCCGCACCGGGACUGGAAGACGUACUUCGACACGAUCGUGGUGGACGCCCGCAAGCCGCUGUUCUUCGGCGAGGGCACGAUCCUGCGCCAGGUCGACACGAGCACGGGCGCGCUGAAGGUCGGCACGCACAUGGGCCCGCUGCAGGCGAACCAGGUGUACUCGGGCGGCUCGUGCGACGUGUUCACCAAGCUGAUCGGCGCGAAGGGCAAGGACGUGCUGUACAUCGGCGACCACAUCUUCGGCGACAUCCUGAAGAGCAAGAAGAUACGCGGCUGGCGCACCUUCCUGAUCGUGCCGGAGCUGGUGCAGGAGCUGCACGUGUGGACGGACAAGUGCCAGCUGUUCGCGCAGCUCCAGCAGCUCGACGUGCGGCUGGGCGAUCUGUACAAAAACCUCGACUCGAGCGCGAAGGAAAAGCCCGACAUCCGGUCGGUGCGGACCGCGAUCCGGGACGUGACGCACAAGAUGGACCUGGCGUACGGCAUGAUGGGUUCGCUGUUCCGCUCCGGCUCCCGCCAGACGUUCUUCGCCGGGCAGGUCGUCCGGUACGCGGACCUGUACGCCGCCACCAUCCUCAACCUGAUGUACUACCCGUUCUCGUACAUGUUCCGCGCGCCGGCGAUGCUGCUGCCGCACGAGUCGACCGUCGCGCACGAGCAGCGCUUCACGCUGGACGCACCGAUGAUCCAGCGCACCCGGCCGCCCCGCGCCGAGCAGCCGCUGUCCGCCGCCCCACCGCCCCACGAGCUGGACGACGAGGAGGAGGGUGGCGAGGGCGAUGCCGAUGCACGCGGGGACGAGUCGAAGGAGGUGGGACGGCUGCUGCUGGGCACACCGCAGCCUUCCUCGCUCCCGUCCGCCACCGGGUCGGAGCUGAGCGUGUCCGUGCCGCACACGCGCCCCGAAACGCCCCGCUCGGUCACGCACACGCACGACGAGGACUACUCGGACGAGGACAGCGACGAUCAGAAGCGCACCAAGGGCGGUGAAGCGCGCGGCACCGGCGAUGGCCCUGCAUCCGCCCAGGCAUAAAGAAGAAGAAGAAAACAACCCCUCCCCCCCCCGAUAAACACCACGUGUCGGCGUGUGUGUUUAAUCUUUUUCUUUCCAUUUUUUUUUUUUGCUGUUAUGGUACGAUUUUUCCCACUAAAAAAACGGAAGGAGCGAAAGACAGGCAGAGGCUACAAAAAAAAACAGAGCCGUGCUACGCACAAAAACCAUUCUUUUCAAGGCGCCUGCUGCUGCCACUCCUUUCUACUCCUUCCUAUUUUUCUUUUUACAAUUUAAAAUGAUUUCCCACUGCUAACCGCCGUCUAGCAACUAUGCCAUCUGUUAAUUUAUUUUGCAUAGAUCAGCUUGCUCAUUAGACGAUUAGCUCAGCACCCGGGCGGAAAGCACAGCUAGCGAAGGCAAGAGGCUGCUGUUUCAUUUCCUCAACUCAACUGCUCGGCAAAGUGGUGACAAUGUUUAGUUUUUAGCUUCGUUGGUCCCUGCACCUCUCACCCUAAGAGAGAGAGAGAGAGACGGAGAGUAGGUGGUGGAGGGGGGUGAAGGGUGUGUAGGGCUUGUUGUGGUGUUGUUAAGAAUGUAGCUGUUAAACUCGCGUACGUUACAGGGAGCUUAAGUAACAUGUUUAAAAUAUAUACAUAUAAAUACUAGACGGAAAGAGAUAGAGAGAGGAAGAGAGAGAGAGAGAGAGAGAGAGAGAGAUUUUCUAGCGAGAGAUGCGUUCGUACAAAGGAAGACAGGUGAUUCUUCCCCUUUCGCAGCUAGUAGUAAGGUGGAUGAAGGUUUAGUUUUAAAGAAAACAACCCAAAAGCAAAAGCACACACACACGCGCGCGGUGAAUGUACACGUACCCUAGUAAAAUAGGCAGCGAAUCUCUUGGCCAGAAAUAUCCGGAUGUUGGCGAACAUUUGGACAACAAAAAAGGACGACAAAUGGUGAAAGAACAACCCGAAAAACUCGUUCUUUUGCUGCGCGCGUCUGUGUGUGUGUGUGUGAUUUGAGUGAGUUUUUGGUUUGUGCCUAUUCUUGCCCGUUACAAUUUCAACCACCUGCAUUGAUUAGGUAAAUGGUGGAGAUGGAGGGAAAUCCGGAAGUACGCCAUUAACGCAAAGAAAUAACACUAAUACACCGGAACUUUUCGGUGGUUGCUACUCUUUCGUGUUUUACAAUAUACAGGCAAAGGCAGGCAAGCGUUUAGCGUAUACAGGGUUUUCCAGGAGUUCUUACAGCUGUGGGAAACUUUAUUGACUCUUUCUUACAUUAAAUGAACUUAAUGUAAUGGGAAUUGGACUCUCCUAGCACCCUUGUUGGACAAAUCCAAUAGGAAUUUCCAAUGAGCCUGUCCACAAAGGGUGCCAUAGUCUAAUUUCCAACAAAUGACGUUCAUUUCCAAUAGAAAAGAGUUUAGGACAUGUCCCACAACCAUGAGAAUCCUUGGAAAACCCUGUAAUACAACAAAAAAAAACAAGCAAUAAGAACACCGUCAUGCAGCAAAAAAAAAGAAGCAACACAAACCGGCUGUUCAUGCUCAAUUCAUUCGCUCGCUCUGGUGCUCGCGCCUACUAUACUACGCUCCUUCUCAAACAUAUCUCCUCCAGGGCCGUUGUCCAGAGUGUCCAUCUUUAGGGUUUUAGUUGCAUUUUUUUUUUUCAAAUCAAACUGAUCGUUUUUCAGCGCGGUUUUUCCCGGGCUUCCGACGUACGUGGAAGCUUGGACGGAGAAGGAGAUUCAACCCACUAUCCCCUCCCUUCUCAGAGAGCAACAAAAUGCAACAACAAAAAAGCGUUAGGCUAAUUCUAUGCAGUUACAAACCACAACAAUGAAACAAUGUAAUAAAGAGUUUGUUGAAACGUUA